CAAUUGGCGGGAGGGGAGGCGCGUGUUAACUUAAGGGAGGAGAGAGAAACCUCGCAGCUACAUCACCCACCCUGGCGCUUCUGAGUCUUUAUCCUCCCCCAAGGGUAAACGUGGGAGGUAAAAAGACCUUCCGCUGCGUAAAGCCGGCUCGACCCGGAAACAGAAUCUUUUUAAAAACUAUUCACACUCUCCGGGGGCGGGAGGAAUUGACGUGUCGGGAAGACCCGGCGGCUUCGCAGGUUGCUAAGCGACGAGGCGGGCGAGCUUGAGCACAACUUGGACGCUGAGGAGUACCUGAGGCACCCGUGGCGCAGCACCUCGGAGACCGAAGGGGCUGAGCGAGCGCUCCGUGCACUCCCGGAUCCUUCUUCCCUAGCCCGGGGACCCGCGCCCUUGUAGUGUCCGGUGACAAGGUGCGGGAUUUGGGAGGACGCCCACUCUGAGGCGGCCGGGGGCCGCGCGUCUUCCCCACUCCGGAGGCAGGACUGCUAGUCCUUCUGCUAUCAGAUGUCUUUCUGCUUGACUGAACUGCACCUGUGGUCUUUGAAGAAUACCUUACACAUUGGGGAUAGAGACAUCGGAAUCUACCAGUAUUAUGACAAAAAAGAUCCACCAGUAUCAGCAACAGAGCAUGGUAACUUAGAAGAAAAGCAGAAGCUGGCAGAAUCACGAGAUUUUCCAUGGACGCUCAAAAACAGACGCCCAGAAAAACUUCGAGACUCACUCAAGGAGUUGGAGGAGCUGAUGCAAAACAGUCAGUGUGUGCUGAGCAAAUGGAAGAACAAAUAUGUCUGUCAGCUCCUCUUUGGUUCAGGUGUGCUGGUGUCCCUAAGCCUUUCUGGGCCGCAGCUGGAGAAAGUGGUGAUUGACAGAAGCCUGGUGGGGAAACUCAUCUCAGACACCAUCAGUGAUGCUCUUCUCACAGACAGCUUUAUCAUCUUAUCAUUUUUGGCACAAAACAAGCUAUGUUUUAUUCAGUUUACCAAGAAGAUGGAUUCUCCUGAUACAAACAAAAGACUGGAAAAGCUCUCAGUCUUGGAUUAUAAGAUUUCCUAUUAUGAAAUACCUGGUCCGGCAAACAGGACAACACAGCGUCGUCUAGCUGUCAAUCAUGUUCAGGAUGUAGUUGUUUGCUGGUGGCCGCUGGUCAGUGAUGAUGCUUGGCCUUGGGCCCCCAUUUCUUCUGAGAAGGACAGAGCCAAUCUGCUGCUCCUGGGUUAUGCUCAAGGAAGACUGGAGGUUCUGAGUUCUGUCCGCACAGAAUGGGAUCCACUGGAUGUUCGCUUUGGCACCAAACAGCCUUAUCAGGUGUUGACAGUGGAGUGCUCCAUCAGUGUAGACAAAGAGCCCAUGGCUGACAGCUGCAUCUAUGAAUGCGUUCGGAAAAAAAUCCAGUGUGUAUCAGUCACCAGAAUACCACUAAGAUCAAAGGCCAUUAGUUGUUGCAGGAAUAUUACCGAAGACAAACUGAUUCUGGGCUGUGAAGAUUCUUCAGUAAUUCUUUAUGAAACUCACCGCAGAGUGACUCUCCUAGCUCAGGCCGAACUUUUGCCUUCAUUAAUAAGCUGCCACCCAAGUGGUGCCAUUCUGCUAGUUGGCAGUAACCAAGGGGAGCUGCAAAUUUUUGAUAUGGCUCUUUCUCCUGUUAACAUCCAGCUUUUGGCUGAAGACUACUCGCCUAGGGAGACUCUGCAAUUCAAAGAAUCCUUUGAUGUUUCUAGCAGUCUUGUUCACAUGCAGUGGACAGCUCCUCAGGUGGUUUCUAAGAAGCCGGAAAGUGGGGACAUCUGUGAUCUCCUCUUCCUCAGGUUUGACAGAGGACCUUUGGGUGUACUUUUGUUUAAACUUGGUAUCUUCACACAAGGACAACUGAGCCCAGUAGACAUCAUCUUCCAGUAUAUUCACUGUGAUGAGAUCUUUGAGGCAAUAAACAUCCUGAGUAGUAUGAACUGGGACACUCUGGGCUACCAGUGCUUCAUCAGCAUGAGUGCCAUCGUAAACCAUCUUCUUAGACAAAAGCUCACUCCAGAGAGAGAAGCACAGCUUGAGGCAAGCCUUGGAACCUUCUAUGCUCCAACAAGACCACUCCUGGAUACAACUAUAUUGGAAUAUAGAGACCAAAUCAGCAAAUAUGCAAGGAGAUUCUUCCACCACUUGCUCAGGUACCAGCGAUUUGAAAAGGCAUUUCUGUUAGCUGUUGACAUUGGUGCUCGUGACCUGUUCAUGGACAUCCAUUACCUUGCACUAGAUAAAGGUGAAAUGGCACUAGCUGAAGUGGCAAGAAAGAGAGCUAGCGACAUUGAUGCAGAAUCAAUAACCUCUGGAGUUGAAAGGAGUCAAUGUGUCAAACCAUCUUCUCUGACUUAACUUGUAGACUAGUAAACUGUGCUGGUCCAGGAGAGAAUAAACUUUCUGCAAGUAAAUAAUGAAGAAUUUUAAUAAACAAUUGGUAUGUCAUAUUAAGAGGAGCUAAUGAAGCUGUGAAGUUAAGAAUAAACAGAACAUGUGUUAACUUGGCUAGUAUGGAAUAUAGCAGUAUUAUCUUUUAUCAAUAAUCCCAAAAUAUGGAUAGACAAAGAUUCAUACAGUACUAUGCUACAAACUUUAACAAUACUAAGGUGGUAGUCAGGAAAGCUGACUUAUUUUGGCUAAACCAGUCAAGACUAACCAUCUGCCAUCUUAAGUCACUUUAGGGGGAUUCUCAGUUGGCUCAUCUAUAAAAUAAGGACCUAGAACUAGACGAGGAUCAGUCUUUUCAGCACUAAAAUUCUGUGCAUAUGAUUAGACAGAACCCAAAUUAACAUACAACUCUGAAAAAAAAUCAUUUGUGCAUAUCCACCUAAUAGUAGAAACCCAUACUGAAAAUAAAUCUGAAUAUUCUCUUAAGAGAGGGCUUGCUUUAUUCAAAAAUACUUUUGAAUUAAGUUCUCUUAAAUAGUACCUUUAAAAGAUGACUUACUUUAUACUGAAAUUUAUUUAGCAAGAGGUGUAACAUCAAGGUGUCCAAGCAGAGGCGCUAAUACAGAAACUAAAGAAUUUCUAAAUAAACAGAAUGGUUUCACAUAUAUUAGCUGACAAAAUUUUGGACCUUUUGCAGGUAUUUUACCUGUAUAAAAUUCUCUAUAUAACAUGUCAGAAUUCAUAUCCAUUCCGGUGGUAAUCUUCGGAUACUCUUACCAUGUCCCCAAGAAAUCGCUACUCAAAAAAAAAAAAGUUACAUAGUUGGUCCAUAAAGUUUAUGAGUGAAAAAUCACGCACCUACUUUAUCAAAAUUAAGUAGUAUCUUUAUGUGUUUUUAACCAUUCUUAUAGUUUAUAAAAUGGCUUUAUAUAACCGUAAAUCUAUUUCUCAAGGAGAAUCAGGGUUUUUAUAGUGACUUAUAUUCCAAGAGCUUAAAGAAAAUAAAAUGAUUUACAUUCCCAGAUCUGAUCAUCCUACAGUUUGCUGUGGGGUAGAAUUUAGUUUAAAGGUGAUCUACUUCAGCCCCCCACUGCAGACACAUACAAGUUCAAGAAAUGUAGAUGUUAGGAACUCCAGUGAUGCACCAGGGCUGGCUUUUUGGCCUUUCAAGUGCCAAAUGAGAUUAUCCCUUCCCAACUCCAAGUUUAGGGACAUCACGUUGGUGCCUCAAAACUGGCCACAGUCUCUCACACCACAGGAUCAGGAAACUGGUUGAUGGUGAGUGUGGGGCUUUUGUUAUGGUCUGGUUUUUGAAGAGCUGGUUGUUAAUCAUUUAACAAAACAUCACUGAGGUGAUCUGAGGUUAUGGUUCCUGAAGGCCAAGUCUCCAUAUAUCAAAGAAAGACCUGUAAACUGUUCCUGAUUCUACAACUCCCAGAACUGAAUUUUUAACAUUCAUAUAUCCUUCUCCAGAAGGAUAAAUGAGGAAGUAGGGUCCAUAUCAUAGAUGAUUUAUUGCUUGCCUUUGAACCUAUAUAGCAAUGUUGUCCAACAGAAAUACAAACCAAACCACAUACAUAACCUUAAUUUUUCUACUGAGAGUUUAAAGUACAUCACAAAUUGGAUGUUAAACUUUCAUUGGAAAUACUUACUAUUUAAUUUCAUAAUUUCAGGUACCCACGUUGGCCUAUAAAUUAUUUUAAAAAUUUACAAUUACUAAAUUGAGUGCUUUUAAAUUUAAAAUUUUUUUAGUAAAAUUUAAAAAUUAGUUCCUCAAUCAUACUAGCCAUAUUUCAAGAGUUCAAUAGCUACACAUAGUACUAGUUACCAUACUGAACAGCACUUCAGGAGUUUUCCAGAAGCUUGGGCCUUAUUCUGUGCCAGCCUGAAGUGUAGAAUCAAAUGAAUUAUUUCACUUUUCAGUGCCUCAGUUUUCUGAAACAAUAACCUCAGAAGAAGAAUCAAUCAGUAGUUACAACAAUUUAAUAGCUAUUCUAAUGAUUGCUAUAGUAUGAAAUUACUCACAUGAUAUAGCAUCUGCCAUUUGUGGUAUGUCAGGUUAUUUAACAAUUAACUCAUCAACCAGUAGUUCCUUAUGAAGGCGAACUUAACCUUGUUAGAUGUUAGUAGCAAUAAAUGCUAAGCAUUUAUAGUGUUUUUCAUCUUUAAAGGGCUUUACAAAUUGUAAUUAAUUGGAUAACAUAUCAUUCUUGAGGCCAAAGGAGGCCUUUCUAUUCAACAAAAACCUUCCAUACACUUGUCAUAUACUUUGUACUACAAUCUACAUAAAUUUAAGUGUUAAUCUUAUUCCUGAGAUGAACUAGUCAAAAUACUUGCUUCAGCUUUUCUGAUCCUGAGUGCAAGCAGCUAAUCUCAGCAGAGAAAAAUGGUGCUUCUAUAAUGUUCAUCACCUAUGUGUUACUAACAAAAGUCAAGCACAAGUUUACUGAUUAUAUUAAAAAAUAUUUUAAAGUCCCACUUUUACACUACUUAACCUCCUCUAAACUGCCAUCAGAACCAUAAUAACACCAUCCAUUUUUACAGGCUUUGCAGUAUUCAUAGUGCUUGCCUGCAUAAUUUUAUUAUCUCAACAAUCCUAAAAGAUAAACAGGACAGAUGUUAUGCCCAUUUUUUGGAUGAAAUUCAGUAAGGCUGAGUGACUUGCUUACAUAGUUACAUAGUGUUAAGUGCAACAACUAGAGCCAGAAUCCAAGUCUGAUGAUUUUAGCCACCAUUUAUCAAGUGCACACUAUAUUUUGGAGAGUGUGUUGAACACUCUGUGCAUUACCUCAUUAAUGGUCACAGCAGUCUCACAACAUACCUAUUUUAUAGAUGAGGAAAGUAUAGUACAGAGCAACUAUUAUACAUAUGUCCUUUUUUCCUCAAUGCAUAUGUUAACUUCUCUACAGUGUGGAAUCUAGAAAUGGAAUAUUAUCAGGGUAGGAGAAUAAAGGAACCAAUCUUCAUCAAAGAUAAAAAUUGCAAUAGUCUAGCAAAUGUUAGUCACCCAGGACAGUGCUAAGCUCUGUGGUACCUGUCAUGUUUCAUAUUUACAACAACCAAACAACCCUAAGAAUUAAGUAUUAGUUUCCCCAUUUAUAAGUAAGGACAGAAACUCAAAAGUGACAGAAGCAGAAUUUAAACCCAUUCCUGUUUGGUUCCAAAUCUCACUCAUACUGUGAACCACUUCACCAUUCUGGUUUUUAUUUCAAGUCCACUGUAAUUUCCCAUAUUGUUCACUGCCUAAUGUUGCUUGUUACUCAUUUUUGGAGUUGUUUUGCUUUCUGUGGGUUUUUUUGGUUUUUUGGUGGGGUGGGCAUAAAAUAAAGUGAGAAGGUUUUCUUUGUCAUCUUUACCAUGUUAUGCUUACAGUGCCCAAAGCGAGUACUUACACCAUUUUCAAAGCAUAAUGCAGGAAAGUAGCUUUGAGCACUGUCAUACAAUCUUUAUAAUAAUUUGAGCAGUGAGCUGGCAGAUUACAGUACUAACGGGGAACUGAAUUUCUGUAACUUUAGACUUUGAGCUAAACAGUUCCUUUACCUAUUAAAUGACAAACUUCAGCAAUUUUUCUAGAGUUAAAGGAAACUGACUUGUUCAUUCAGUGGGUAUUUUGAUUUAAAUCUAUUUAUAGUAACAAAAUAUGAGACAAAGGACUAAGCAUUGUUAUAGUAAAUUUUCUUAUGAUGUGGCUAAAUAAUUUACAUUAAUGAAGACUAUUAAGUGUGUGAAGAGUGAUUCUCUUCAGUCAGAAAAAACCCUUUUUCUCUCAAAUUGCCUGAAAUCCUUAUGAACUUCUCAUUUCACGUUGCCCUAGUAAUCAGAAAUAAAAGUAUUAAGAUCUUCAAGCACCAUAAAUACUUCCAGGAUGAAUUCUCUGUUAAAAUUUAAUUAGUUCUUUUAUUUUUCUGGCUAAAGUUAGUUACUAUGUUCCUGGUAAGACUACCUCUAAGAAGGAAGUAAAACAAGUUUAUGCACAUACAUUGAUAUGCAAUGUCAGAAGAGAAAAUGUGAGUAACAUGUUUCUAGUAAAACUCCUACCUUAUCUCGAAUUAGGUUCUUCAUAAAUGUAUGCACUAUAAUAAUGUAUAGAAAUGACUAUUUCAUUAUUUUCUUUAUAGAUUUUCCAACCUAAUAGUCUAGGUAUUUGGAACACAUUCAUUUAAGCAGAAGAAAUAGCUGGCAAAUAUUUUUAUGUCAGGUGGUAUGCAUGCUGUUUAUAACCUUUCUUCUGUUUAGUCAAUAUAAGGUAACUUGAUGUGACAGGGUGUGUGACAUAUCACAAAGAGGACUAAGGUCAGGAAUUUUAUGAGAUCUUAAAAAACAAUACCUUUAGAAAGGAUUUAAAUAAAUAGUACUUUAAAGAUCUGUAGAGUAUAUAGUCCCUCAUCCCCCCCACCCCCGAUUAUCAAAGAAUUGAGCUUAAGUGCUUAGGAAAGUCUUUU